AUGAAGGUCGGGUUCACGCUCAAGGGCAAGAAGAAGCCGGCGGUGGCCGCGCCGGCCGGUGGAGGCUUCCGCGUCGAGAAGGAGGCGGCAGCGCCCGCGAGCAAGGACCUCGUCCUCGGCUUUGGCACGUCCGGGAAGGCGCUGCUUAAAGACCCGGUGGCGGCGAAGGCCAAGCUCGUGAUCCCACUCAUCGAGCAAACCUGGACCGAGAAGGGGGCGACCGAGGCCGACUCGGCAGCCGCCGAGGCGCUGCUCGCCGACAUUCGCUCGUCAGCGAUGGGCGAGAGCGCCGAGGACUCGACCAUGGUGAUUCCUGUCGCCAAAAAGCCGGCUGUGGGCGACGACGCCCCCAUCCUCUUCCGCAACAAGCUUCCGGGCCUCGAGAACCUCACGAACGAGAACGACAAGUUCAAGCAUGACAUCUCAAUGCGCCCCGACGACAUGGAUAUUCACAGCGACGCGUACGAGGCGGUGCCCAUCGAGGAGUUUGGUGCUGCUCUCCUCCGAGGCAUGGGCUGGUCAGGCAAGGACCGCGUGCAGCCCACGGGCUCGAAGGUGCAGAUGCGACACCAACGCCUUGGGCUUGGCGCUACACCAAAGCCACCGAUGCCGGGCGACUCGAAGAAGAAGAAGCGCAACAUGACACUCGACACCAAGCCGAUUCGCCUCGUCGAGAAGCCGCGGGAAGGCUCGCGCGACCGCAGUCGCGACCGAGCUCCGCCGAGCGACAGUCGGGAUCGCAGCAAGCACAGCGACCGCCGCGACGAGGCGAGGAAGCGCAGUCGCAGCCGGGACCGAAAGCGCAGUCGGAGUCGAGACCGAAGACAUCGUUAG